AGGGAGGGAGGGAGGGAGGGGAGGCCGAGGAGGGCCCGGGCCUGGCCCACUCCCAGGCGGGCCUUCCUCUCUCGUUCUCUCCCUGGGAACACAGGCCACCACCGCUCUCUCUCUCUCUCUCUCUCUCUCUCUCUCAGCCAGGCCUGGGCAAGCUCCGGGCCUCCCUCCGGGGCGGGGUUUUGGACUCCAACUCCCAGAAGGCCUCCCCUCAGGCCCCGCAGGCCUCCCCUUCACCUCCACCUCAAGACUGCGGAGAGAGAGAGAGAGAGAGAGAGAGAGCAAGGGACUGGGGAAGGGAGGUCAACAGACCAAGAGAAGGAAGGAAGGAAGGAAGGAAGGGCGCUCGGAAAGGGAGGGGCCCCCAGGGAUCAGCUGGCAUGGACAUUCACAACAGAGGGACAUGCAGACAAAGGGACAACAACAACAACAACAACAACAUUUGUAUCCUGCCACCAUCUCCCCCAGAGGGGACUCGGCGUGGCUCACAGAAAGAUCCCAUACAAAACAGGAACAAUAUACAAGACAGCAAUCAACAAGAAGCCCUGCUUGACUCUCAAGCCAAAAGUGGGUGGUAGAAAUCACAUGGUACCAAAGCUGACUGGCACAACCUGGGGAUCCCAACCAGGCCCUGGAAAGACAGGCGCUUGGCUCCUCUGCUGCUGAAUUCACAGGCCCAGUGGGGAAGACAUCUCACCACGUUCAAACAGUGGACGUGGCUCUUCAUGAGACAUGCCGCACCCUCACAGGAUGUCUGCGCCCCACACCACUGGAGAAAUGAUACUGUUGAGUCCCUCUGGGGAGAGAGGGCAGUCUAGAAAUGAAAUGAGGAAAUGUGAUUUUUGGCUGAGAAUUUCGGAGUAGAGCCUGUGGAGGGAUUUCCUUCCCUUGAAAGAAAGGAGAGGAAGGAAAAGCAUCUUGGAUACUGUUGGGUUCUUCACCAGAGUGGUUCCAGCAUGGAGAGACCCAACUCACGUGGGCCUGAAGCAGGACCUGGGGGCAGUGGGGAAUCCUGGGAAAGAACCAGACAUGAGUCCCUGAGUGUGGACCUUGACAGCUCGGACACACAGCGCCAGCGCUUCAGGCAGUCCUCCUACCAAGAGGGUGAAGGACCCAGAGGGGUUUGCAGUCGUCUCCACGAUCUGUGCCGCCAGUGGCUGAAGCCAGAGCAGCACACCAAGGCCGAGGUGCUGGACCUGGUGACCCUGGAGCAGUUCCUGAGCAUCCUGCCCCCAGAGAUGGGGAGCUGGGUCCGAGAGUGUGGGGCAGAGACCUGUUCCCAGGCGGUGGCCCUGGCGGAAGGCUUCCUCCUGAGUCGGGCCGAGGACAAGGAGCAGGAAGGACAGGCCCCUAAUAAUAACUCCAUGGAAGUCCCUGCACCAGAGGAAUCUCCACCAGACACCACCCAGAGUCUCAGGCAGAAGGAGCUGAAGCGGGAAGGAGACGGGGCUGCCGCCUUGCAGGGUGAGAAGGAACUCUUCUGGGAGUUUUGGGGUUUUGUGCCAGUGGAAAUUCCGCUUUGGGGAAUUUACACAGUUUGAGCUUCAGAAGGUGAACAUUUUGGGUCUGUGGCUGUGGAUUUCUCCCUGGAGGAGUGGGUUCUCCUGAAUCCGGACCAGAAAGCCUUGCACAAGCAGGUCAUGGAGGAGAUGAAUGGGAUUGUGGACUCUCUCGUAGAUAACGGGGAGAAGAGCCAUGUAUGCACCAAAUACAGGAAGCAUUUGGGACACAACGGGUGCCUUCAUCGACACCAGCAAGCCCACAGAGAAGAUGGAGGUUCUGCCAGAGAAAGGCCCAACAAAUGCCAUGUAUGUGGGCAAUGUUUUACCCAAAAUGUGGCACUUGUGAUUCACAAGACACUCAAUGUUGGGAAAAGCCAUCUUAAAGGGAAAGUAUCCGCAAAAUGUGUGGGGAAACAUGAGAAAUUUCAUACAGGUCAGGAACCAUACAGAUGCCAGGAGUGUGGGAAGUGUUUUGCUUACCGUUCACAAUUGGUGAGCCACAAAAGACUCCACACAGGAGAGAAGCCAUACCAAUGCCAGGAGUGUGGGAAAUGUUUUGCUUACAGUUCAGGCUUGGUUAGACACAAAAGACUCCACACAGGAGAGAAGCCAUACCAAUGCCAGGAGUGUGGGAAAUGUUUUGCUGACAGUUCAACCUUGGUGAGCCACAAAAGAGUCCAUACUGGGGAGAAGCCAUACAAAUGUGAGGAGUGUGGGAAAGGUUUUGCUUCCAGUUCAGACUUGGUGAAACACAAAAGAUACCACACAGGAGAGAAGCCAUACAAAUGUGAGGAGUGUGGGAAAUGUUUUACUUCCAGUUCAGACUUGGUGAAACACAAAAGACUCCACACGGGAGAGAAACCAUACAAAUGUGAGGAGUGUGGGAAAUGUUUUACUCAGACUUCGUCCCUUAACCAGCACCAGAGAACACAUACAGGCUAAAAAACAGCUAUUGUGGGUAAAUGUCUGAUUUCAAACAGGACCCUUUGAGAAGUUCUGCGUUAGAUUUGGUGGAGCCCAGUUCUUGUUAUUUGAAUCCCUAAGUUGGAGGUUCUGUUCUCUGGAGCAGCAGAAAGCAAGGUCUGCGUGACAGUCCUUCAGAGCAGUGGUCCUCAACCUGUGGGUCCACAGAUGUUUUGGCCUUCAACUCCCAUAAAUCCUAACAGCUGGUAAACUGGCUGGGAUAUCUGUGUAGUGUCUCAGAGACCUCCGAGUCAUGAACCCGUCGCCAUUACGGAGCAGACCGAAGAAGAGAUGGAGUUUCUGCCAUUUCCGCACGAUUCCGCUCCCUUCCAGAUGUCCCCUGUUGACAGUUUUAGCCCACAGUUAAUAAAAAGGGCCUUGACUCACAGCCCGGUUCUCCAGAGAGCGCUAGGUUUGACCGCAAAUUGUUUUGGGAGGCUUCGCGCACAGAAAAGCAGAUUUUGAGGAGGAGCACUAGAUUAGCGGAGAAAACAAGCGUUAAUUAAGCCGGUUCCCUUGAGAGUUCUCGGGGAGGAUUGCAGCUGGCAAGUUGUUUGACUUUAGGCAUUUUCCCUUGGGAAAGAGUUCAGACACCUGGCUGGAGAUGAGAGCAAAGUCCCAUAAAAGUUCUGGGCACCAACUGGCCUUUGCGGUGUUCAAUGUGUCAGUUGAGGGAUUCACAUCGACUCUAGUUCUGCAGCGCGCUACUCUCGAGUAGACCGGCGUUGUAGCUCGUCUCCCUGUCAAGCCUGGACAGUGAUUCAGCUUUACCACAACUAACUGCCUUGCCUUGCAUCCUAGCCUCGGAUUGAGCCCUGGAGCUCUUGACAGAUCUUGCCUUAAUCCCCACUCAAACAGCCUGAAGGUUUGAGUGUGUUUUGGUUGUUGGAUUUAAAACUUUGAACUCUAAUACUGGACAUCUACUUUCAUAUUACUGGACUAUAUUUGACCUUUUCUGAAAGGUCUACUGCUGGACUAUAUACUCUGCUUAUUUUUAGUUGUCUCCUUUAUUUCCUUAAUAAAGAUAUUAGACUGUUUAUUGGCCUUCGUGUCUGAUUCCCAGUGCUCACGCUGCCUGAGGUGUCACAAUCUGGGAGUUGUAGGCCAAAACACCCGGGCACCCACAGGCUGAGGACCACUGCUUCAGAGGGUUAAAUAUGAUUGUCUUGUCACCUCGUCUGAAAAGAAAUAAACCAUAUGUGAUUCCAUCAGUGGUUCCUCUGGGCUUAGUUUCCAACUCCAUUUCCACCUUGGUUGCAAAUGUCCAGUUUGUGAAUUACAAGUUUCACUCAGUGCACUUUGCCCAGUCCAUUGUAUGAUUUUAUUGCUGUGUUUUUUCAUGUGUUUUAUAAUGACUGUGAUUUUAUUUUAUGCCUUUUAAUUUUAUUUGUGUGUUUUUUGUAUUUGAUACUACUGUAUGCUUGUUUUAUAUCUUUGCGCUGCCCCAAGUCCCUCUGGGGAGAUGGUGGCGGGUUAUAAAAAAUAAAAUUAUUAUUUUAUUGCGACACAGCAAACAAGAUAGAUAUGUGUCUAGGACUAUGUGAUUAUUAUUUUAUUAUUGUUAAUGUGGGAUUUGUGUAUUGGUAGGGUUUAAAUGAAAUUUGUGUCUAGCAUGUAUUGCAUACUGAUUGCAUCAUCCAGAGUAUGCUAUAGUCUGUAAAGAGUUAAUGACUGAGAAGCUGUGUUGACCUUGAUGUGUGGCUGGAACCUGGGGAGUGUCCAGACAAAAGUGUGUUUGUGCAUUACUGAUUGCAUCAAUUGAGAUCUUGCUCUGUUCUGAGUUGUGUCUGCCUAGAAUGAAAGCCAAGCCUGUGUUUGUCUGCAAGUCUGUUUGUCUUGUACAGUAAAGCUUUGUAUAUAUUAUUUUUUUA